CUUUUCUUGUCUGAAGGUUUUGUUGAGUUUAUAUUUUUUGUACAGUGCAUUUAUGUCAUUGGCUGUAUUUUAAUUAAACAUUUUAUUGUUUUUCAAUUUGUUAAGAGUGUAUUUAUAAUGAAUGUGAUUAGAAAUAUAAAUUGCAUUAGACUUUUUACAUAUUUGUCAAUCUAUAGUUGAAACAUCACUCAAAAAUGCAAAUAAAAACUUAGAAUUGAGUGAUAUGAAAAAUUCUUAUUGCCGUGGACAUCGGUAAACCUAUAAAUGCUGAAAAAUAAAAUUUGAAGCAAGGAAAUCUGGAAUAUUUGCUUGUAGAUAUGUCAAAUGCAGGCGGGGCCCAAAAUGUUGACUACGACAAGCAGUUCGAAGAGGACCUUGAAAAGGCGCGGGCGCUUAGUCUGGAAACGCUGGCUAUGGAAAAAUUUCGCAUGGAGAAGAGAAUGGCCGAACUCAGACUCCUACAAGCCAAAGUGCAGGAAGGUUUGCAGCUAAAAGCGACUAAUAAUUUGAAAGUGUCGAAAGCGAAUAGUGUGUCGAGCGGAGCUGUGAGAAGGAGCAGUAGUGUGGAAACAAGCGUUGAGCCGCGUUCCAGACCAAGGCCUGGCUCUUUCAAUGCAGGAGUGCCACUGUUGCCGAAACUGCGCCCCCCGCCGACGACUGUGCGGCGCAACAGUGUGACCACCAAUCCACCUUCGAGCACACCUUCAAGUGACCUUAUUUCGUUCCACAGUCCUACCGGUGCGCCCAAGGCCCCCUCACAGGACCUUACCGACCUCGAAUUAAGUAUUAGUGAUGAAUCUGUGAUCAGUGAGAGUCAAGGAUCGGCAUUCCGUAGUCGUCUAAAUAGCACCACCACCAUCUCUUCCGAUUUCCAAUGUUUAUCCUCGUCUUCUAGUUCUGUAAGAGAUAUCGGCUUCGACAUGAAAUCGCUAGGUUUGGACACCCUCAACCUAAACAGUAGCAGCCCUAUACCGCGCUCUAACAGUGUCAACAGUCACAUUUCCACUAUGCUGCCACCCACUAUCCAUGCGUCCAGUUCACCGCAACCUAUCGGAUUCAACCUGCCCGACAUGUUUGCUCAUGCGCAGAAGUCGCAAAUGGGUCCUGCGCAUUCGCAGAUGACGCAUAUGGUUUCUGCGCAGCCGGCGUUUAUGGGCGCGCAUCCUCCCGGAUUCAAGAUGACGGUUGUCGACCAAUCGCGGAGCGGUGGCUUGUCGUCGCAGACUUCUUUUAACGGCACCCUAAUGCUGCAAGACAGUUCAUCCAGUAACCAGCCAUCAGGCCUGGACGUGUUGAAGGUGGUGGAGAAAAGAGACAACAGCAACCUGAUCGAUCUAUCUCUGUUUGACAACGAUAUUCUGCGGCCGACCAACAAGGAUGGAGAUAGGGGAGUCAGAGUCAGUCUGCUGGAGGCAUUUGAUCCACUGCUCAUUAUGGAGGGGGAAGGUGCUAAGGGCGGAGAAGAACCAGCAAUAGCGGAGGAGCCAAGCCACCAAGACUCUGACUCUAUCUACGACCCUUACGACCCGUUCGAGUACAUGUAUUCGCCUCCCUCUUUGGCCGACUCCGAUCCAAUCUACGCAGCCGUUGUCAAAGCCACGCCUACUUCACCUCCACCGCCCCUCCCGCCGCGCAACGCUGCCCCCUCUUCGCCGCCGCCUUCCGCCACUAUACCAAGGAGCAUAAGACAAAGCAAAGUAUACGAAAACGCACUGACAGUUAAACGGCGUACAACGUUGCAGGAUGCUGAUCUGAUCGCUUUCCAUAAAAUGGUCAAAAAACUAAGAGAGGAAUUCGUCUACUCGGACCAAUACACUAAUGCCGGCCUAGUGGUGAGCCCCACUUUGGAAAGCUCCUACAAUGAGGGAACAAGUAUCAAACUGGUGGUCAAGUGUCCGGGGCGAGAGAUGCCUGUCACUUUCACUUGUGAUGUGAGUUCAACAGUGGAACACGUGAUAAUGCACGUGGUGUGUGAACUGGAGGAGGCGGAGCCAGACUCUGACUAUGUGCUGAAGGUGGGAGGUCUGUGUGAGUACUUGACCAAUCACACAACCCUGGCUGACUACGAUUACGUGCAUCAGUGCAUCAAACUCGAGCAGGAUGUCCGGCUGGUGUUGGUGCAUGUCGAGCAAUUGCAGCGGCCCCUUGCUAGGACGGCCCAGGAUGACAAACAAGACAAAUUGUUGUCAAUUGAAGAUCUGUUACCCAAAGAACCUGUUCAGCCAAUCUCCUAUGACACUCUCACCAUUUUAUUAGAAACACUGGAGGGUGAAAUGGAUAAACUAGAGAAAGCCGAACGAGAAGGAGUCAACCCACUCAAAUCCCUGGGAGUGGUUCAAGCUGUAAAGGCAGUCUGCUCCCUGCUGGGAAAUGUUGAAACCCUAGAACUCACCCAUGCCUUGGAUCUGCUCAUUGCUGCAACUUCUCCAAACCAGGAGGAUGAUUGGGUGCGACCAGAAGUGAUGGCUGAUGAGGGCGACUACUCAGUGGUGAGGCUGGGAGGUGGUGGGGGUGCGAGUGGUAUGGAGAUGAUGAGAGUGCAUUGCGACCGAAUAAGGGACGCAGUCCAGGCUCUCAUUGAGACUUACUGCAAUGCAUUCCGGGUUGAUUUCCAGCUCAAGGAUUCUCUUAACACUCCUGCUGGUUCUAAACUGUCGUCAGAAGUGCUAGACAGUGUAUUGGUGCACGUAGGCUGCCUGCAUAGACUGGAUAGCAGCUGGACUCACCAGGAGUUCCUGGUGGCCGGUCAGUUGUACCACGGCACUAGGCCUGUGGGCCACCCUGUGUUGUCCAAGAUAGCUGCAGCCCCUCCAGCCACUAACAAGUACAACAGACGCAGUGCCGACGAUCGGGUGCCUUUCGACUGUUGGUUGAACUUUGAAGGCGUGAACGUGUGCGUGAUUCCUCGCGAAUGCAGACUUGUGCUGGUGAUCUAUGGCCGAUCGGUGGACACGCCCUCCACCUCCAAUGAGCCCGGUGAAGGUCAGGCCCCCAACGUCACGCAGGUCGAGUUGGGUUGGGCCGCCAUACAGUUCUUCAACUAUGAUGGUUGGAUGACACAGGGUUCAUUCCUGCUGUCGGUGUGGCCUCCCGCCGCUGACAAGAGACUGGGUCCCGCCCCUGUUCCCGGGACGCACCCCCAUGGAGACAUUCAUCCCGUAUUAGGCGUGGAACUACCUGAUUACGGUGGCCGUAUCAUGUUUCCUCCUAUCAACAGCGACAUGGAAAUAGCAUCGGGUUUCAAUGAUCACGAUUUCGACAGUUUGGAUCACAAUACGCAGCAACAGUUGAAUGACAUUGUUGCUCAGGACACUUUCUCUUGGCCACAAGUUGAAGACAGGGAGGUACUGUGGGAGAAGCGUCAUUAUUUGCUGGGCAAACCUCAGGCCUUACCCAAGGUGUUUCUAGCCGCUCACAGCUGGGACUAUGCCUGCCUCGCCGAUCUAUAUUCACUGCUCCACUCCUGGACUCCACUAGAUCCUGUGUCUGCCUUGCAACUGUUAUUACCAUGUUUCCCGGACAGCGAAGUGCGCCGAGUGGCAGUGUGGUGGGUGCGGGAGCUGAGCAGUGAUGAGCUAUGCGACUACUUGCCGCAGCUGGUGCAGGCACUCAAGCAUGAGACCUACGAGACCAGCUCGCUGGCCCACUUCCUGCUGCAGCGCGCUCUCACAUCACCUCGGGUCGCACACCAUCUCUACUGGCUCCUCACACAGGCGCUGCCCGGAGAGUGUCCUCAGAAUACGGGAUCGUCUACAGUGAGUGCAGUGGAUGAUGAGAUAAUAGGCGCUUGCUAUCACAGGAGGCUGCAAUUGAUACUGAGGGCCCUGCUUUCCAUAUCAGGUGAAGCUCUCAGACAGAGGUUCAUGUCUCAGCAGAUACUGGUCAAGGAGCUAUACGACGUGGCAGAGUCUGUGAAGGCAACCAAGGAGUCGCUACGCAUGAAAACACUGGCCUCCGCUCUUGAGGAGCUGCAUCACUCACUGCAGGCGUCUGCCACCUGUCUGCAGGCGUCCGCCACCUGCCUGCCCCUCUCGCCCUCCCUCCAGGUGGCCGGCAUUCAGGUGCGCACCUGCUCCUACUUCCCCUCCAACACCCUCCCGCUCAAAAUCAACUUCCUCUCAGUCGACGGAGAUGUCAUUCCUGCCAUUUUCAAGGUUGGUGAUGACCUACAGCAAGACAUGUUGACUUUGCAAAUGAUACGUAUCAUGGAUAAAUUAUGGCUAAAAGAAGGUCUCGAUUUGAAAAUGGUCACGUUCUCAUGUGUUCCUACUGGAAACAAAAGAGGCAUGAUCGAAAUGGUAACAGAAGCUGAAACAUUGAGGAAAAUCCAGGUCGAACUAGGACUGACUGGAUCUUUCAAGGACAGACCAAUUGCCGAGUGGCUGGCCAAGCACAAUCCAUCUGCUCUAGAGUAUGAACGGGCUGUUGCCAAUUUUACUGCGUCAUGUGCUGGCUACAGUGUGGCUACAUAUAUCCUGGGCAUCUGUGAUAGGCACAACGACAAUAUUAUGUUGAAAAUGUCAGGACAUUUGUUUCACAUUGAUUUCGGAAAGUUCCUGGGCGACGCACAAAUGUUUGGAAACUUCAAAAGAGACCGCACCCCCUUUGUUCUGACAUCAGACAUGGCGUAUGUGAUAAAUGGCGGAGACAAGCCCUCAGUUCGAUUCCACCAUUUUGUCGAUCUCUGCUGCCAAGCGUUCAAUAUUGUCAGAAAGCACGGAAACCUCAUUCUCAAUCUUUUUGGAUUGAUGGCGUCGUCAGGCAUCCCAGGCGUGACAGUGGACGCGGUGCGCUACGUGCAACGGGCCCUAAUGCUGGAGGUGAGCAACGCGGAGGCGGCUGCCACAUUCGCGCGCUUCAUCCAGUCGUCGCUCAAGUCCUGGUUCACACAGUUCAACUUCUUCCUGCACAACCUGGCGCAGCUCAGGUUCUCCACCGAGGCCAGCGGCGAUGAUAACGGCCAGCUGCUCAGUUUUGUGCCCAGGACUUACUCAAUGCAGCAGGAAGGUCGCCUGAAAAGCGUAGAGGUGUACGGUUGCCAGAAGAGAUACGCGCCGGAGAAGUACUAUGUCUACAUACUGAGGGUGGAGCGAGCCAGUCAGCCAGACCCCUCCUACCUGUUCCGCAACUUCAAGGAGUUUGUUGAAUUUCAACAGAAACUCUGCAUACUCUUCCCAUUGGCCAAGUGUCACAGCCUGCAAAGCACCAGCCUGCACGUGGGUCGGUCGAACAUCAAACAGGUGGCCGAAAAGCGGCGUCACGACAUCAAGCAGUUUCUGUGCGAACUGUUCAAGAUGGCCGACGAGAUUUGUCACUCGGACCUGGUCUACACGUUCUUCCACCCGCUGCUCAGGGACCAGCAAGAGGCCGACAUACAUGAGGCCAAGCUGAGGGGAGGCGUGGCCAGGAGCAAGGAGCGCGAGGCCUCGGCCAACGCGUGGAGACUUACUGGACAGAUCAAGCUGUCUGUACAUUAUCAGCGCGGCACGCUUAUGGUGAUGGUUCAUCACGUGAGAGACCUGGCGUGUAUAGCCGGGGGAGGCCAGGAACCUUCGCCCUAUGUCAAGGUGUAUCUGCAGCCAGACCCACAGAAGGCAACCAAACGCAAGACCAAGGUGGUCCGCCGAUCCUGUCAUCCCUCAUUCAUGGAAAUGCUCGAAUACCGUAUGCCUCUAGAAGUUGUCCAACAUCGAACUCUGCAGGCGACCGUAUGGAACCACGACCCUUUACAAGAAAACGAAUUCCUCGGAGGCAUAUCUCUUUCUCUCUCCUCACUCGACCUCUCACAGGAAACUGUCAACUGGUUUACACUGGGCAACAUUCAUAGGUAACACACACUACCCUGCUCUGCCUUCUAUUAUAUAGAUAUUAUACAAACAAUAGAGCUAGUCGUUUACAGUUUAGAUUUUGUAAUUUUUGUACAUGUUAUUAAUUUAGUUGUGGUAUUUGAUAAAUUUAUUGAUAAUAUAUUUGUAUAUUCCAAUGUAAUAAGCUGGUCGCACACACACAUCGCUUGUUUGGAGUUAUUCUUCAAUUAUUCAAUUUAAUAUACUCUUAAAAUGUAUGAAUACAGGCCAACUUAUUUUUAUUCAUAAAAUAGAAUUAUAGUCCCCUUUUUUGAAAUUAUAUAAUUUGUAUUUUUAAUCUAUUAUUUUAUCAAUUUCAAAAAAGGGUACUAUAAUUCUAUUUUAUAAAUAUUCAAUUUAAAUAUUAUUCAAUUCUCUACUUCAAAUUGUCAACAAUAUUUGAAUGGAAAGCAUUCAUAUUAAUUUAUAAAAAAUUGUUGAUAAUUUGAAGCUAAUCUUCUGAAGGUAGAUUCCCUCAGUAUCAGUAUCAGUGAAGUUGUCCAGUACAGUGAGAAUAUUGUUCCUAUAAUUUUUAAUGGGACUAUUCAGACUCACUGGGCUGGACUGAGUGAGAAUAACCCUAUUAGAACUUAUAGGAAUUAUAUUUUCACUGACUAUCUAUUUGGAAAAUUUUUCAUUUUUCAAUUAUGGAAAAAUUCCACAAUAUAAAUUCUCGUUCAACAAAUUUUAUCGAUUAUAUAUCAAUCAAUCAAUCUUUAUUGUUGUUAUCAAACAUUACAAAUGUUAUAAACAUUAUUUAUAUGACUAUAAAAUAGAGCACAAUAACAAAUCAGAGUACCACCAUAGAUAAACAAUAGCGUAAGUAGAUAUCCCAUGGUAUAGGGCGUUUAUGUCGCAACUUUUACUGUUAUCUCAAGCCGAUAAUCCACGUAGUUCUUUCCUGUGAAGCUUCAUGACGCAUGA